UCCUUAUACUCCUUACCCGUAGCACAAAAGAAAGUCCUGCAGGCAUCAUGCAGCUGGUGUUGAAAGCCAGCCAAGUUAUUCUAUAAGAGGGCCCUUGGGCUCCGAUUGAUACGCUUCAUGUGCUGACAGGAGUGGCCCUGCCCCACACAUGGAGAACGAAGCACAUUCCCUAGUUGUGGACUGCUGGUCUCAUGCAGAUAACAAGCAGCAAGAACAGCUUCACUUUGAAGCCUGGGGGAAUGCCGCACUUUACAGAAAUAUCCAUUAGGCCCAUAGCUGAAAUGCUUAAGAGAGCCAGAGAAAUUGCAUAUCGCAACCCGGAUGUUCCUGAAGAAUUACGAACCUGCUUGCAGAAAGCUCUUGAUGCAACAAGGGAACUGGAACUUUCCUCAACAUCAUUGGACAGUUCUAACGGGACAAUGUCCUCUGUGGAUUGUCAUCAAAAUGACCUAUCUCAUGAAACUAAAAUCAAGAUUAAGGAAGAACAACUCUCAUGUGAUGCAGAAGGGCAACUGUAUAGAAUUCUGGUGCAGAUGAAGGGAGCAAGAAGAAUUUUAGUAAUAGGCAUGUUCAAUUUUCCAUCCCUUCUGGCUAUGGUUGAUGUGGUUCCAGAUGAUGGGAGGAUAACUCUGUGUGCCCCACAGUCAUAUUGGGGAGAAGCCACCCAGAAAGCACCUGAUUUCUCAUCUCACCUGAAGAAAAUAAGAGAAAAAAAUGGACCUAUAACAGACUCUCUGAAGGAGUUUGCAGCCAUGGGGGAAGAUUUUGAUAUGGUCUUUCUUGAUGCUGAUCAAAGGAGCCCUGCUGAGCACUAUCGCUUUGUCAUGGAGAACCAUUUGCUGAGGAUGGAUGGGAUGCUCUGCGUGAGGAACGCCCUCAUGAAAGGACGUGGCUACCUGGAGAAUACCGCAGAUGAAAAUGUAUUAGAUGUCAAAACACUGAAUCAAGUAAUUAAUUCCGAUCCUCGCACAGAGCAGGUAAUUUUACCUGUGCAAGGAGGCUUGAUGCUUAUCCGAAGGCAAUCUCUUUUCUCCGAAGGAGAGACUAGUCCAAGAGGUGUAGCGAAAGAUGAAGUGUUUUGGGGCUACCGUGGACGUCGCAUCCUUGACCGCCUGCAACUAGAUGGAAAAGUCGCAUAUGUCACUGGUGGAGGCCAGGGGAUUGGGCGAGCCUUUUGCCAUGCAUUGGGUGAAGCAGGUGCCAAAGUUGCUGUUGUGGAUCUGGUACCUGCAAAGGCAGCUGCAGUGGCACAUGAGCUAAGCCUCAAAGGGAUACAAAGCAUGGCUGUUGUGGCAGAUGUAAGCAAGCCAGAAGAUAUCCAGAAGAUGCUUGAUAAAGUUGUGACUAAAUGGGGCACAGUCCAUAUUGCAUGUAACAAUGCAGGGAUCAACAUGAACUCCCCGAGCGAAGAUACUUCUCUGGAGGAAUGGGACAAAACUUUUAAUGUGAAUUUACGAGGCUUGUUUUUAUGCUGCCAAGCUGCAGGCCGCAUUAUGCUGAAUCAAGGAUAUGGGAAGAUAAUUAACACAGCAUCUAUGGCAAGUUUAAUAGUUCCCCAUCCCCAGAAGCAAUUGGCAUACAAUACUUCGAAAGCCGGUGUUGUAAAGUUAACUCAGACACUGGGGACCGAGUGGAUCAACAGAGGAGUGAGAGUGAACUGCAUUUCUCCGGGGAUUGUAGACACACCGCUCAUCCAUUCUGAGGAGCUGAAGCCUCUUGUGCAGCGCUGGCUCACAGAUAUUCCAGCUGGAAGCCUCGCUCAAGUGACAGACUUGCAAGCAGCAGUCGUAUACUUGGCAUCUGAAGCUUCAGAUUAUAUGACUGGCCACAAUUUAGUCAUAGAAGGAGGUCAAAGCUUAUGGUAGAGAAAGGAAAGGGAAUUUCCUCUCCGUGAAUUCAGAGAUAUAGCGAGCACAAUUUGAAGGCUCUAUGAUCACAUCCCAGUUCUUUGCAAGGUACUAUAGCUUUGCUGCUGAAAUCUUUAUUUUUUUAGAAAUGCGAAUAAAUGCAUGUAGGGAAUGUACUUGAGCACAGUAUUUUCAAACAGCUAUUUUAGUUCACUUGCCCAUAGCUCUUGCCUCAUGAAAAGAAAAUCAGCACAUGGAAUGGAAGGAUUGCAUUUUUUUCCAGACCCGGCCUAGACCGCUUGUUAUAAAGGUCAAAAACAGUUUUCUCAAUAGUGGAAUAAAUACCUUGUUGAUUGACAAAUUGUAUUGUGCUUAAAAAGUACAAAAACCUGUUGAAAUGUUAACCUACAUUUUAAAAUUUGCUGAUACAAAAUACAGAAAAGAAAGCAAAGGAAGGCUUUCCUAAACAUUUCCUAAAUAUUUUGACUCCAAUAUGUAGAUUAAAGACUGACAGCCUGUGAGUUGGUCUGUGCUUCAGGUUUAUCUACACAUCACUUUAGUUUUCAAAUUUAAAAUUAUUUAGUAAGUUACAGUAAAAUGCUUCAGAAGAAUUUUCUGCCACUAUAUUAAAAUAAUUUUGAUUCAU